UCUCUGGAGAAGGCGAAUGCGGUCAUGGCGGAUAUUUCUAGGGCCCAGGUCCCGCUCUUCUGCAUCUGUCGUCGUUGCUGCGUGCUCGUUGUUGGACUCUCCGCGGCUGUGCCUGGGUGAAAUUUGUGGUUGGACUUGUGCUUGACCUCAACGAGUCACGACUUGUGAAUUGAGACUCAGUUCAAGGUGCCGUUUACUAUGCGCCGAAUAGCGGUUACGGCGGCGGCAUCGCUGCUGCUGGGAGCCUCCGGGGUGUUCGCAGAGCAGAAUGCUACGCUGCCAAAGGUCGACCUGGGAUAUCAGAUACAGCAAGCUUCGGGCUUCAAUGAGACCGGACGGUUCUACAACUUCUCCAACAUCCGAUAUGCCGCACCUCCGGUUGGAAAGCUGAGGUUCGCGCUACCCCAAGCACCAGCAGAGAAUAGGUCUGUUGUGAAUACUGGUUCAGAAGGAAGAAUUUGCCCACAAGCCAGCCCAGCAUGGGGAGCGGCAGCCGUAAGCUCCCUCACUACCUCUCUCCUGGGACUUCCCACCAACGGCACUCCCCCGUUUGUGCCUCCCAAAGUAAACUGGAGCACACCUCUUCCCCCUCAGGACCCCAGGACCAGCGAGGACUGUCUCUUUCUCGACGUCUUCGUCCCAGAAGACGUCUUCGCCACCGCAAACAAGAGUUGCGGUGCCCCCGUCCUCGUUUGGAUCUACGGCGGAGGCUACACGUCCGGCAACAAGUACGAGAACCCGGCGGGACUCCUCGCAGCCAGUGGCAACGUCUCGAACGGCAAUGUCAUUUACGUCGCCAUGAACUACCGUCUCGGAGCCAUGGGGUUUUCUUCUGGCCCUUCAUUCCAAGCUGAAGGUGGUGUGAGCAAUGUCGGCCUCCACGACCAACGAUUCGCCCUCGAAUGGAUCCAGAAAUACAUCCACCUCUUCGGCGGCGAUCCCAGACGCGUCACUGUCUUCGGCGAAUCCGCCGGCGGCGGCUCCAUCAUGCACCAAAUCACCGCCUACGGGGGCUCCAAAGGGCCCGUCCCCUUUGCGCAAGCCGUGCCCCAAUCCCCCGGCUGGGAUCCAGUGUCGUCGCAACUCCAGCAAGAAGACACGUACCGGCAACUCCUGAACCUGACGAACAGCACGUCCCUGUCCGACCUCCGCGCCCUCUCCUCGGCGGACAUCAUCAAAGCCAGCUUCCUCCAAGUCUACUCGGCCCCGUGGGGCAGCUACGGCUACGGCCCCGUCGUCGACGGCUCCUUCGUGCCGCAGCAACCAGGCCAACUCCUUGCCCAAGGCCGCUUUGACCAAUCCCUCCGCAUCAUGGUCGGCCACAACGCAGACGAAGGCGCCUACUUCACCCCGCCCUACAUCAACAGCACCGCCGACGUCGCAAACUCCCUCCGCAGCGCCUUCCCUUACAUCCCUCCACCCAGCCUCACCCACAUCACCGACGUCCUGUACCCCGAGCCCGCCGCAGUUCCAAACGGAUUAUACACGACGCACUACGAACGCUCGCGCCUCCUCGUCUCCGACGCAAUCUUCACCUGCAACACCUUCUACCUCUCCCGCGCCCCCUUCAACGCCACCUACUCGUACCUCUUCUCCGUGCCCCCCGCCCUGCACGGCCAGGACGUCGCCUAUACGUACUACGAAGGCGGUGCGCCGUCGUCUUCGCCCUUUGGCGUCAGGAACAUCACCGUCGCGUUGGCGCUGCAGGAAUUUAUUACCAGUUUUGCCAUCGAGGGCAAACCUAAAGCGGAAGGCGUGAGGGAGUUUAGGAUGUAUGGGGAUGAUGCGCGGGUGUUGGAGUUGAAUGUUACGGGCAUUGAGGAGCUGGUGGAUCCGAAUGCGAAUGAGAGGUGUAGGUGGUGGCAGUUGGGGUUGUAUUCGUAGGGAAGAGGUGAUUUGUGACUCGUGAUUUCGUGACUCGUGGCUCUGGUGGGGGAGGUAUGACGAUGUUGAUGAUGAGGAAUGAUUGCUAUAUAUAUGAUGAUGAGGAAUGAUAUUAGUGCUAAUGGUAGUUAUUUUAAUGGCCGUCAUCGUCAUCCGAGUUUAUAUUGAGAAGAAAUCGAACUACUUCGGGGAAACGUAUUCUGUCAAGUCUCAGUCGAGCUUCGUGACGACUUUAAGCCCACAUCGAUGUGCAAGUAUAUCCGUUCUUUCUCUCUCUCAUUGGUAUCAUCGAUUGACUCGAUUCCCUGUAUACAUCUACGUUACACCGAAGCCACCAAUAAGUCGCCAUCCCAUAGCCCUUCAACAAUAUCGGAAAGCCUGGGGGUCAUAAAAAUCUAAAAACAGUUCAUAAGUCAUAGAAGAGUCCGAAUAAUACUCUCCUCACACCCACACCCCACCUUGACGCACUUCAUUUAAGAAAACCUCCUAAAGCGCCC